AGUUGACGCUGUACCAUCCAGUCAGGACGAAGUCCAGUCCAGAGAACUUGAGUCAGGACCAUUGUAUGACGUUUCGCCCUCCGGGUGUCCUGAACAGUCACCAGUGCAGAGUGAUGCCUACGCUGCUGCAGAUUCGCAUCAAAAGGAGGGUGGAUAUGACGCUGAUCAAGGUGUCAGUGAUACAUUUGUUUGGAAGUCGCUGGGGGAAGAGUUGAGGCCCAAUGACGUGACAACGGAUUUGACUUCUUUUCAGCAUGGAAUUCGUGCUUUAUCUUCUAAGGAAAUGAGGAAAUCACAGG